GUAUAAAUAAAAGGCCACGCUGCAUCAAUUAUCUGUUCAUAGCUCCCUUUUGAUUCUUCAUAUUGAAUCUCAAAGGAUUCAUUCAAACAGAGAAAGAAAGGAACUAAAAGAUUCCAUUUCCUUUUCUUCUUAAAAAAACAAAAAAUGGCGCUCCUUUCAGAUCUCAUCAACCUUAACAUCUCUGAAAGCUCCGAGAAGAUCAUCGCUGAAUAUAUUUGGAUUGGUGGUUCGGGUUUGGACUUGAGGAGCAAAGCAAGGACUCUUCCUGGACCGGUUAGUGACCCUUCAGAGCUUCCAAAGUGGAACUAUGAUGGUUCAAGCACAGGUCAAGCUCCUGGACAAGAUAGUGAAGUGAUUUUAUACCCACAAGCCAUUUUCAAGGAUCCUUUCAGAAGGGGUAACAAUAUCUUGGUUAUGUGUGAUGCAUACACUCCUGCUGGAGAACCAAUUCCCACUAACAAGAGACAUGCAGCAGCAAAGAUUUUCAGCCAUCCUGAUGUUGUUGCUGAAGAACCAUGGUAUGGUAUUGAGCAGGAAUACACCCUGUUGCAGAAAGACAACAAUUGGCCUGUUGGGUGGCCGGUUGGUGGUUAUCCUGGACCUCAGGGACCAUACUAUUGUGGUAUUGGUGCUGACAAGGCUUUUUGCCGUGACGUUGUUGACGCACAUUACAAAGCCUGUCUCUAUGCUGGCAUCAACAUCAGUGGAAUUAAUGGAGAAGUGAUGCCUGGCCAGUGGGAAUUCCAAGUUGGUCCUAGUAUUGGUAUCUCUGCUGGUGAUGAGGUUUGGGUUGCUCGUUACAUUUUGGAGAGGAUCACUGAGAUUGCUGGUGUGGUGCUUUCCUUGGACCCCAAGCCAAUUAAGGGUGAUUGGAAUGGUGCUGGUGCUCACACAAAUUACAGCACCAAGUCGAUGAGAAAUGAUGGUGGCUAUGAAGUGAUCAAGAAAGCAAUUGAGAAGCUUGGAAAGAAGCACGUCGAGCACAUUGCUGCUUAUGGUGAAGGCAACGAGCGUCGUUUGACAGGGCGGCACGAGACCGCUGAUAUUAAAACCUUCUUAUGGGGUGUUGCAAACCGUGGUGCUUCUAUUAGAGUUGGAAGAGACACAGAGAAAGCAGGGAAGGGUUAUUUUGAGGAUAGGAGGCCAGCAUCUAACAUGGACCCAUAUGUUGUUACUUCCAUGAUUGCAGACACAACCAUUCUCAAACCAUAAGCCACCACAAAAAACAACACUCAAAUGAAUUGCAACCUUUGAAACUCAUUGUUGGUUUUCUUAUUAGAAUUUGUUUUUUUUCUUUUCUUUUUCUAGGAUUUGGCUUUGUGUUCUUUUUAUGGUUCACACCUUGUUUGUUUUAAACUUUGUCAUUGCUUCACGUUUCUUUCUCUUGUUUACUUACGUUUCAAGAUAAUAAUUAAUGAUUAUCAUUAAAAUCAUUAUUGUUGAUUAUGAUUAUUAAUAAAAAUGUAUGAAGUGAAAUUGCCCAUGAUGCACGGUAAUCA